AUGUUUACGUUCGCCAGGGAUAAUGCCAAUCUGCAGGAUGGAUGCGUUGCCUGUUUUGAUUUGGACCUGCUGGGCUCCCCCGUGGAUGCUGGUGAUGGCAUGUUGUUGCGGGCCCGCGUUGUCCAAACAGCCCACGUCUGGUGCACGAACAGCCAAGCUGCAAAUGUUGAGAUAGCUGUUGAUGACCGGAAGGUGUUGCUACGCCUCCGACGAUGUGAUUAUUACGCAGUGGCUCAGCAUGCUUCCAAAGUCCGUGUUGCGUGGGUUGUUGCAAGGCCCUCCCCUGGGGCAGUGAUCCUUGAUGCCACUGUGGGACACGCCUUUGUCAUUGCGAAUUGUGUGGUGCGACAGGACAGCACAGUGCAUGUUGCAGAGGUCUUUAGUGGGGGUUUCUGCGGAUGGUCCCAAGCAGCAUGGCGCAUGAGUGCCAUGGGUGUGCCCAGCCGCACGUCCUGGCUUUUGGACGAUGAUACCAAGCUCGUUGACCCAGAAAGCCUGGUGAAUGCCUGCCUUCAGGACUGCACCCGCAGUGGCCGGGCCUCAUUCCUGAAGGUCACACACGCAUGGCAGCUUGGCCACCUUGAUCGGGUUGAAGUCUUGAUGGCCCGUGAGGCCCUGCGUGCCGAGAUUGACUUUGGCCUUUGCAGGUCCCCGUGUGCCAUGCAUCGCUUGCAAGUCUUUGCGCCACCCCCGGAUGACGCAGAGCCCACUCUUACAGCGUCGUUCUCCAUUCUGCUCAGAGUUGACCAAGUGCUUGAUGCUUUAGGGUUCGACGUGCAGUGCCCGGGCAUCCAGGUUGCUGAGGCCUGUUUCCCGGCCAUCCCCGUGCAGGCGUGCCACACUGGCCGUCCCUUGUCUUGUGUCGGUGCUGUGUACCAAGUCACCCAGGGUCUUGCAUGCCUGAUGCGCGACAGCAGUGAUGUCUUUGCACAACUAAGGGCUGUUCUUCAGCCGGAGCAUCCCCAGCUGACGGGUGCACAGGUUUUUACUGACGUACAUGGCCGAAUCCUGCACAGACUUUCAGACAUGCCCACCUGCGUGUGCCUUCUCCCUGCGAGUGAGCCAUUGCUUCCUGGCUUGCCGGCGUUGUCAGGCAAUGAGGUGUGUGCGGCCCUGUUGACCAAGCGCCAGGCGCCUUACCACUUUGCGAUCCCAGCUGGUGCUGCCACAGCGUGGUACGCGCGCUUCCCCACAGUCCUGCUUGAGCGCCUUGGAUGGGACAGUGAGUUUGGACCGCUCCCAAACGCCGCAGGGGAGCAGCUGCAUCUGACCAUCCGUGCCAGUAAGCGCCCCUUGCUGGUGCCUCUUGCCGGCAUGCUGGACUACCUUCGCUGCACUCUCUUCCUGGAACAGCUGCGCAUGCUCGUGCAAACAUCCACGGGAGCAACUGUGAUGACUGAACUUCAAGUCAAUGCCCACACGGUGUCAGUACUUGCCUUGCCUGCUACCAUGCCUACUGCAGCCGUUGCCCAAUGCUGGGAGAAUGCAUCGUAUUGCUUGGCCUUGGGCCCGGGGGUCCGUGUCUUCUCGGGGCCCUUCCCUCUACCAAUCGACGCCGUGCUCGGCCAUAUCUCUGGUCAGGCGUUGCACCGUGCCGGGGGUGGACCACUUGUGCUUAGCGUGAUGCCUGAGGUCCGAGGAGGAGGAGCCAAGGACGCUAACGUCCAAUUAGCUAAGACCCGCCUUGCCACGGUUUUGCUUGAUAGGGGUAUAGACCUGCACGCUGCGGCUGUCGCAGUGGAUAAGCUGAUAGGAGCCAGGGGAGCGGCUGCGUGCCUCCAACAGGUCCAGGCCACUGACUUGCACCAGCGCUGGGAGGCCUUGACAGCGUUUGCGGCAGGGGCAGGCGUUACACUCCCGGAAGGAGACAAUCGAGCCACGAAGGCGGCAGUCCGCAUCCAGCGGGCUGUCCAAAGACGCAAGCUCCACAAUCUGCCUACACCCGGUGCCAAGGACUUCUACAUAGCCCCGGACAUUUGGCGCAGUGUGGACGGCAACCCCGUCCCCAUCAUCCGAUCCAUCAGCCAAGGUGCCAGUGGGGUGAUCCUGAUGGACGCCGCACAGGCACGCAAGGAGGACUUGGCCCUGCUCCGUGAGAUGAAAGCAGAUAGCCUGUGCGUGCUGGUGCUUGGCCAUGAAUGCCCUGAGCCGGACCGCUGCGCCGGCAAAGUGAGCGUGUCUGCUACACAUGCCACCACCCAGGAGCCUCAUUUGCUUGCCGCCUGCAUGCACAACGUGGGCACCACGGAAGUUAGGCCAAAGUACAAGCAACAGGCCACUGUAACUGUAGAGGGGAUGACGUGUUGCUCCUUCAGCAUGUACAGGGAUGACUUAGCCGACGGUCAGGAUUGGCAGACCAUUGCCAAGCAACCAGUCCGGGAGGCGCAGCAAGCCUUCACAGCACCAGGGCAGGACCGCAUCCUUGUUCACCCGUGGGGCCGCUCUUUUCGUGCUGAUGGCAAGGCCUCUCUGCCGCAGGCGUCCGACUCCAUCCAGUUUCAUGCCAAGGUACCAGACGCUCAACUCCCCGCUGUCUUGCGCAAAAGUGGCUUCAACCAUGUGUACGUGCUGCCAAAAAGCUGGGAGGACUCCAGGCCGCUCCCGGAAUGGGCCAUUGUCUGGCUGCCUGGUGGCCGGAGCGAGGCAGAGAGGCUAGCACUUUUGGUCCCCCACCAACAUGGCCUUGUGCGAGGUCGCAAUCGCUAUGGCCUGCGUGUGCCAGCUGCCGAGUUCUCGGCAACCUUCAAACAACUGCGACCUGCCGACACCGUGCCAGAAAAUAUCCAAGUCCGCCUCUUGUUUAAGGUAGGCCCACUACCAGCCAAAGCUUCCCAGGAGGAGUUGGCUCAAUGGGCAGGCAAGCUAGGCUGGAAGGUGAAGGUGUUGAAAAUGUUGGGGCCAGCGCACUGGCUAGUUGGCUCAGCCUCCUCACCACCAACCACACUGCCUACGUUCAAUGACUGCCCAGUGCUCAUAGCGGCAGUCCCUUCACGUGCGGCUGCCAAACCAGUCGUGCAAGCUGGACGAUUGCCAGACCUGCCUGCCUCUGUUCCUGCAACAUCCUCGCAGACUUUCGCUGGCGACGCCCACACCCAACGGACCCUUGGGGCGCUUACCUGCAGCAGCAAGGCCGCGCCAUCCGUCCGCCGCAACAGCCUACCAGCCUGA